GGAACAACUAACUAGUGUCCAGAGCUCUUUCUUCACGACGACGACCAACUCGAAAGACCACAACCAUGGCGAAACACCGUCUCCGAGUUCUAGCAGGCCCUUCUCUAGAACAAAUGCGGCCCAUCUCCGUGAACGACUCACACCCCCACAAGAUCAGCUCUGACCUCUUCGAAGGCGAGGUCGUCGCGAACAUCAAAGGGUUCACGAACGGAGAGGGGGAGGUCAUAGAUUCGGAGUAUUUCGAAAGGGAGGAUCGUCAAGGCGUUACAUGGAGUAUACAAGUGCAAGGCAGGUUCCUCGUUCCCUACAGCGCAGACGACAUUCUAUUCGGUAACACCUUCGACCGGCCACUCAAACUACCAUGGGGCACAGGGGCCGUUCUCCGAUUCAUGAACUACAUCGACCCAACCCUCGAACACGACCUCCAAUCACCCACCAAACCCUGGGCACUCUCACCCCUCAUCUCAACAAUGCCUCAUUUCGCCCACCACCGCGUAAGAACCGACGACGGUGAAGAGCACGAAGCAGACCGUUUCCCGCCCAAGACCUCUUUGACAGACAACACCUCCCAGCUCUACCUCGCGUGCAACGAUACCGUGUCUUCCAGUUCAGAAGGUUCCUCAGGGUCCGCGUCGCCCAGUAGUAGCUCAGGCGGGUUAUCACCUUCCCCCACCGCCUCGUCCGCGUCUCUCUCCACUCCACACAGUGUUCGAGUCGAGCCUCCGACGAGUGCCCUAAGCACAGGCACAGGCACAGCUGCUUCGGGAGCCAAUGGAAAGUUGAGGACCGGCCUCCGCAAGGCGUUCAAGUCUAAAUCUCGACGGAGACAACAGCUGCAGAACGAGAUGUCGUUUGAAUCUGCUUCGCAGCGGAGGACGUACUUUAGUUCUCCGGAGAAGAGGCAGAAAGUCGUGUUUGGUCCUCUCGACGUGAUCACGACCGAUUUUUGUUACGGCUUUAUCAACUUCAGUCCGUCGUUGUCACUGCAACUUCCGGGCGGGCUGUCGUUCGACUUGAUGAGGUACUGGGAUGGGCAGCCUGUGAGGUUUGUGUGCUGCGAGCGUAGACAACCAGACUCGCCUGAUCCAUGGGGUCGACUGUUUUGGUGUGUCUCCAUCGAGAUGGUAGAGGAGGAGGGCUCUGUGGAUGGGUCCAACGGGACAGGGCCUUCCCCGGUCGAUUCAGACAUCGAUUAGAAGAGAUGGACCAUCCGUCUCCAGGCCGUGCAGUCAGUAUGUAUGUACACAUGUCUAUAAUACCCCUAAUGAGAGACAUUGUAUGCAGUCGUGACAUUACCCGACGACGCACACACAUAA